GAAAAAAAAAUGGUUUAGUUUUUGUGUAGGGAAGGCGGUUUCCUUCUCUCCCACUCUCUCCCGCCGAAACCCCCUUUUCCCCGAAAUCCAUAUCGACGCCGGCGUUAUCUCUCCUCCUCCUUCCCUCCUUCCCAGAAAGAGUAGAUGACGCUUUUAUACCCCUCUCUCUUUCCUUGAAACCUGCUCUGUUUACGCCGAUUGCCUGCUAGGGCUCCAUCGACGGAUUCUUCGUUCCUUAUUUCGAGCUUGGAUCGUUCCAGCAUAAUUAAGGAACACAUGGAGGCUGGGCAUUCAUCUUUACUCCAGCUACCCAAGUGACUUUUUGACCAUGCAGUGAUUACAAAACAGCCCAGAAUAAUGUAUCUAUAUUUACUCCUUGCCUAGCUAGACCAUUGGCCAGUGCAUUUGCGCUUCUCUUUAUCCAUGUACAUUGAAUUUCCAUGUCCUUGGUUAACCACCUAUACUUCAUCUUUUCAUUGCUGUAUUUCCACAUCAUAGCACUGUCCUCUUUUGGCCAUUUCACCACCAUUUCAGAAUCACCUUCUAUAACCACCUUUCUUAUAUUCAUUUCCUUGACCCUUUGAAUCCCUUCAAUAGCUGCUAAAAUCUCAGCCCUUAAAGAGUCACCCACCCCAAUCAGCCUAGAGUACAUGGCUAAUAAGUUCCCUGUUUCAUCCCUUAUCACACCCCCAAUUCCGGAAGGCCCUGGGUUCCUUAUGCUGCUGCCAUCAAAGUUCAGUUUAGUGAUGGUCUAGCUGGGCAUUCAUCUUUCCGUACAUGGGUGCUUGAGCUGGAAGAUUACAGAUCUCAAACUCAAACUAAUAUUGCCAGUGCUGGCUUGCCUAAAACUGAUAAAAUGCAUAAAUCUGAUGGUAUAUUUGAGGAUGAAGAUGCAUAAAUUGGUGAUAACUUAUCUAAGCUUGACAAUCCAAUUGAUAUCCAGCUUGAUGGUCCAACUGAUACCCAACCAAGUGGUCCAGCUAAUACCAAAUCUAAUGCUUCAGUAAAUAGGUGCACUCAGUACAAGCAUUCUCAAAUGCCUGAGGAAUGGAUCUCAAAAGUUGGAAUGGAAUUUGAAACAGAAGAUGAUGCAUAUAACUUUUACAACAGAUAUGCUGGAAGGUAUGGAUUCAGUAUCUGAAAGAGUAGUUUUGUAUGUUCCAAAGUUACAGGUCAAUUGCAGCAUAGAACAUUUGUUUGUUGUAGAGAGGGUAGACGUCAUGCAGACAAGCGUGAUGUUAAUGUAAAGCUGCAUCAUCCGGAGACAAGGUGCAAUUGUGGGGCAUUAAUGAAGAUAUCUUUUCAAGAGACAAGUAAUAAAUUUUGUAUUGUAUUGUUCAACCCAGAUCAUAAUCAUUUUGUUGUUACUCCUAAGGAAGCAGUCAUGUUAAGAUCACAGAGGAAAAUGUAUAGCGGACGUGAGAAUGGUGGGGUUAUUGAUGUGGAUUUAAAAAAUUAUUUGCGUUCUUAUCGGACUGGAAAAAUGACCCGGGGAGAUGCAGGUUGUUUAUUACAUUCUUUCGAAGAUAUGCAAGUAAAAGACCCCUCCUUUUUUUGAGUGCUGUGAAACACCUUGGUAAUGAUUUUUAACAUCUGAAAACUUUUGCUAAAGAUUUUAGCAAGUGCAUAUAUGAAUAUGAAGAGAAGGAAGAAUUCUUGGAGGCAUGGGAUAGUAUGGUCAAUAAGUACAAUCUCCAAGAAAAUGCAUGGUUGCAGAAAUUGUUUAGCAAAAAAGAGAAAUGGGCAUUAGUGUAUGGCAUGGUACUUUUUGUCCCAAUAUAAUCACUACAAUGCGUAAUGAGAACAUCAAAAGUUCUCUGAAGAAUUGCCUCAAUUUAAAGCAUGAUUUGUCACGUUUCUUUACCUACUUUGGUUGGAUGGUUGAUCAUAAGUGUAAUGAAGAGCUAAAGACAGAAUACAAAGCUACUCAUUCCACCCCAAUGUUAACAAGGGAAGCAGAUAUACUAUGGCAUGCUGUUCAUAUAUAUACUCCAACUAUCUUUAACAUGUUUCAAGAAGUACUAGAAACUUUGAGUUGUUACAUUCUAAAUCCUGUUGACCCUGGAACAAAGGUUGAUUAUAAAAUCCGUACAUCGAGAAUCUGUGAACAUGUGGUUACAUAUGACUCAACAGAUGGUUCAGUCCAUUGUAGUUGUAAGAAGUUUGAAUUUAUGGGCAUUUUUAUGUUGUCAUGCAUUAACAAUACUCAAGUUUAAAAAUGUGGUGACUAUUCCUCCAAAAUACAUCUUGAAAAGGUGGACUCUUGAGGCAAAAAGUACAAUGGAGCAUUUUCAUGAAUCUUUCACAAGACUAUUUGAUCCAAAAGAAGAAAUAGGAAGACACUACAAGGGACUGUGCCAUGUGAUGAAGUUAGUAUCAGUAAGGGCUGCAGAAACUGAGGCAGCUUAUCAAUUUGUUGCAAGCUCCAUGGAGAAGAUAAUGAAACAUGUCAGAACAAUUCUAAAGAAUAGUAGAACAUUGGAUGAGCGUUCAUCUGUUGCAUCACAAGGAAAUGAAUCCAUAUGCAUUGACGACUCAUACAAUGAAGUUGGUAGCAUAAGUGAAAGUCUUGUUAGUGGAGAAAUAGAUGAGGAAACAGAAGCAAUGGAGGGUGAGCAGGAGAAGGUAAUAUCUAAAGGAGAUAAAAGAAAGGAAAGCAUUGUAUGCACUUCCAAGAAGUCAAAGAUUAAGGCCAUUGAGAAAACCAUUCAAAAUUGUCAAAAAAGUUGUUGCAGAUAUCAAAGGUACAGAAUGAAAACAGCUGUUCUAGUGAAAUGCCUUUACCAAGUCACCCACCCGGAAGUGCAUCCACCAGUUAGUUGUCAUAACCAAUCUCCUCAGCCAUCAGAUGUUUCAAUGUUUGGACAACCUACAUCUCAAAGUAACCUUCCCAAUUUUGGUACAUCUCAAUUGAUACAGCUUGCAGGAACAAGGAACUGAUAUUGUUUAAAAACUUCAACUUGAUGGGAAGGCAAAACAUGUUCUUUGACUUAGAAGAUGGAUGAAGAUCACUCCUGGGGCUCCCACACCCUUUAGGCAGACUGUAAACCACGGCUUUUCUCCAAAAAAGAUCGGGCGACUCCUAUUUUCUUUUUCCCAACUCAAUGCAAACAAGAAAACAACAAAAACAGUUCAAAUGAAGGGGCAACUAAUGCAGCAGAAAAGAAACUGUUCUGCUAUAUAUAUUCUAUUUGUACUACUGUUAUCUUUAAUAUCAAGUUCGUCUCAGAAAGAUGCUAAAUAUUUAAAUAUUUGGUUGUCCAACAGCUCAUCCAGCCAACAUCUUUAGAUAUUACAAGUGGAGCACAUUUCUUUUUUA